UAAUUAAUUAUAAUAUCCUGUUUCCUUCCUCUUGCCUUGAUUCUGUCGACAAAAGCUAAAACAAAUUGUAUCUUUCGCUCUGAGAUGGAACUAUUUAAUCGGCUACGUUUUCUGGUAUAUUUUCUGCCGAUCUGAGUACUCAACUGCAAGAUUCUUGCGUCAAAAUGGAGAAAAGUCUUAAUUUCUAAUCGUUUGUAUGGGGAAAUCAUCCCUGAUUCUGUCGCAACAAUAUUUUGCGUGUCUGAGUGAUGGGCUUUUGUGCGCGACAACAUUUCUUAUCGAUUCCAUACGAAUAUCAUCCCUGAUUUUUCUAGCGGCCCCUUUUUCGGAUCUGUGUAGUAGGCUUAAGCUGUCAGUUUGCCACUGAAGUGACACAAUUUGUCAGGGAUUCGUUUAUCAUUGACGAGUUUUUUGUUGUGCAAGUGCUAUUUAGAUAUUUUAGACAUGACGCCCAACUUAUUCAAUGGUCUGCUACGCAGAGCCCCAGUCGCGGGUCUCUUCUUGCGUACGGAGAUCGCGUAUGUGGAUGACUUGACCGUUGUCGAACGAGAUGGAAUCAUUGCUGCACUGGCCGAGCGCAAGGUGUUGGCGUCGGAGCUAGUGGGCGACGACAAGGAGUGCUCCGUGUGCAAGGAGUCCCUCCAGGCGGAUGAAAUACUGAAGAGCAUGCCGUGCAAGCACGAGUUCCACAAGCAUUGCCUCAUCCGCUGGCUGAGGGAGGCUCGAACGUGUCCCUUGUGUCGCUGCAAUGUUCAGGGGCGGCAGUUGGUCUAUAGGCAGUUCAGCCGCAAUAUGGAGAUGCAGUCCCGCCGGACACGCCAUCCUCAUCCAUACCGCAUCAGUAGCCAAAAUAGGCCCAGCAGCAUUCUGCCGGCGGCCAUCCGUAGAGGCGCGCAGCUCCACAUAAACCGUCUAUUGGUUGGACGUGUCAUACAGAGCUUAAGAAACAGCCAGGGUGACACCAACAGUCGCAGCGAUACUGACUCCGAUGGCACCAGUGAGGAUGAGUCCAGCAACCCCAGCGAGUCUGACUCCAAUGGGCACCAGGAGCCCUUCAUUGUACGCGCACAGCAGCUCGUGAACUGCUUCAGACAGAGCAACAGCCGCCGCAGCCAGGGUGACACCAACAGCCGCAGCGAGUCUGACUCCAAUGGCACCAAUCCGGACGUGUCCAACAGCAUCAGCGAGGGCGACUCCAACCGCCGCGAGAACUAGUUCAGUUCGAAUAAUUUUGGGUACCUGCAUUUACGACAGAAAAAGUGUCAUUUGAUGUGU